AUGGACUCUUUGGCGGGCUACACUUCAGACGACGACCCAGAAACCCAAACCACCCCAGACCAGACCCUCCCUGCUUUUGACAACUUUGUCACCUAUUCUGAAAACUACGCCAUGAAAACGAAAAACCUCCGCUCAGCUUUUGUAUGUCUACCGUGGAAAGUGAGGCUGGAACAGAGAGAGCUGAUCCGCCAAUGCUACAAAAGGGUUCUAGAUCGACUCUACAAGGAGAUCCCAAGCUUGAGAACGCGAUACUCCUUCCACUGCUCGAUCCAGUCAAAGCAGGAUAUCUACGGCCGCUACGGCAUGUCUCAGAAAUCAGCCAUGAACAGCCCCCACAUUACGCUAUUACCUAAUCUACACGGAGACCAAAACGACUUCCAGCGGCUUGACCAUAGUCUACGGAAAGCCGUGAAGGCUGCAGAGCCUGCGCCUGCUCAAUUGGUGCAAAAACUCGGUGGACCCUUAGGUGAUAUGCUCAACAGGAAGGAAGAGAUUGUUUCCUUGCGUAUAGACAAGAACAUCAUGGCGUUCAUGAGCUCCAAAACGGGAAAUUUCUUCAUAGCAUUGAACGUGAUUGGUCCUACGCAGCAGAUGGAGCUGGCUGAAAAGGCAUACCUUCGAGGUCUCAUGAGGAUGGUCUACGAGCAGGUCAAGCCACUAGGCCUCAAAUGUCAAUGGGAGAAGUUUUUGGGUGGUGCUCCGUCGUACAAUGAGGAUGGGCUUCCAGAGGUCAACUACCAUUGUCUGUUUCUAAUUGGUGAGGCUAAGAGCUUCGAAGAGCGGUUGAGCAGGGCUCAGUUUGACAGGGUAAAGCGGCAGGUGCGGGAGGUGGAUAUUAGCGACUUGGUGGGAGAUAUGAAAAUCGAAUUUGACAGUCUUUACCUUGGCUCUAAUACCCGGGUAAAGAAUGUUUAUUCGCUUUUUAAGAAGUGA